CAGGACUGACAGACCAUGUUUGUGUGGACUUUUCUUGAUUUUCCUCUGCCUACCCACUCAACAUUUGUUGAUUUGUUUUUAUAUUCCUUUGACAGCCAAUCACAGCUGUCGGCUGUGCAGUGCCAGAUGAGUGAUAUCGCUGUGCAGCCUUCAGAGGAGUACGAGGAGGAGGAGGAGUACGAGGAGGAGGAGGAGUACGAGGAGGAGGAAGAGGGCGAUGAAGAGUGGGCAUGGCGUUCAUCAGGCGGAGAUCUGACUAAAAGAUACAUCAGAACGAGUAUGAACUGUCAGUCCAACAGACAGAAUCCCUCCAAUAAGAUGCUGCCGUCCACUCCGUCUGAUAAAGCUCUGAGGAAGUAUGAACACAAGAUCAACCUAGAUAAGCUGAAUUAUGCUGACUCAGUGAUUAAUAAAGUGACGACGAUGCAGAAACAGAAAGAUUCCGACACGUACAGAGUGAAGGACAAAUCAGAUCGAGCCACAGUGGAACAGGUUUUAGAUCCACGCACUCGAAUGAUUCUCUUCAAGAUGCUGAGUCGAGGAAUCAUCAGCGAAAUCAAUGGCUGCAUCAGCACCGGGAAGGAGGCUAACGUUUAUCACAGCAGUACGUCGGCAGGAGAAAGUCGAGCCAUCAAGAUCUACAAAACCUCCAUCCUGCUGUUCAAAGAUCGGGACAAAUAUGUUAGUGGAGAGUUCAGGUUCCGUCACGGUUACUGUAAAGGAAACCCCAGGAAGAUGGUGAGAACCUGGGCCGAGAAGGAGAUGAGGAACCUCAUCAGGCUGCAGACAGCAGGAAUCCCAAGUCCAGAACCUCUUCUUCUGAGGAGUCACGUUCUGCUAAUGAGCUUCAUUGGAAAAGACAACAUGCCUGCUCCUCUGCUGAAGAACGCAUCGCUGUCAGACUCGAAGGCUCGUGAGCUCUACCUGCAGGUUCUACAGAACAUGAGGAAGAUGUUCCAGGAGGCCCGACUAGUCCAUGCAGACCUCAGCGAGUUCAACAUUCUGUAUCACAAUGGGGACGCUUACAUCAUCGACGUUUCCCAGUCGGUAGAACACGAUCAUCCUCACGCUCUGGAAUUCCUCCGGAAGGACUGCAGCAACGUGAACGAGUUCUUUGUGAAACGCGGCGUGGCAGUGAUGACAGUCAGAGAGCUGUUUGACUUCAUCACCGACCCUUCAAUCACCUGCAGUAACAUCGACCAAUACCUGGAAAAGGCGAUGGUGAUUGCAGCUGAGCGGACCUCGGAGCAGAGAUCAGAUCAGGAUCGAGUUGAUGAGGAGGUGUUCAAAAAAGCUUACAUCCCUCGGACUCUGACAGAGGUGAGUCACUAUGAGCGAGAUGUGGACCUGAUGAAGUUCAAGGAGGAGGAGUCAGCCAUCAGCAGUCACCAUGACAACGUUCUGUAUCAGACAUUGAGCGGGCUGAAGAAGGAUCUUUCUGGAGUUCAAACGGUUCCUGCUCUCCUGGAGGACGACCAGUCUUCAUCCUCGGAGGAGGAGGACGAGGAUGAGGAGGAGGAGGAUGAUGAUGAUAACGAUGACAAGCAGGAGAAGAGCGAGGCGGCUCCAACUGACAAAAAGGAGAUGAAGAAGACGGUGAAAGAAGCUCAGAGAGAAAAGAGAAAAAACAAAGUUCCCAAACACGUGAAGAAGAGGAAAGAGAAAGUCUCCAAAAUGAAGAAAGGAAGAUGACGACUUCCUGUUUGUAGUGACAUCGAUCCUAUGUAAACAUGACGCAGCCAAUCACAGCUGUCUCUCAGCAGCCAAUCACAGCUGUCUCUGAGCAGCCAAUCACGGCUGUCUCUGAGCAGCCAAUCACGGCCGUGUCAAACCAUAUUGACUGUGAUGGACAGAAACCCUCAGCUGAUGCUACCUGUUCUACAGGUGUGCAGCUGUGACAUCACAGGAAACAUCAGCAGAAACUUUAAACAUUCAAUCAAAGAUUCCAUCUCCUGUCCCUUUAGAACCUGGAUCUGUGUCCUGUCCCUUUAGAACCUGGAUCUGUGUCCUGUCCCUUUAGAACCUGGAUCUGUGUCCUGUCCCUUUAGAACCUGGAUCUGUGUCCUGACCCUUUAGAACCUGGAUCUGUGUCCUGUCCCUUUAGAACCUGGAUCUGUGUCCUGUCCCUUUAGAACCUGGAUCUGUGUCCUGACCCUUUAGAACCUGGAUCUGUGUCCUGACCCUGUAGAACCUGGAUCUGUGUCCUGACCCUUUAGAACCUGGAUCUGUGUCCUGACCCUGUAGAACCUGGAUCUGUGUCCUGACCCUUUAGAACCUGGAUCUGUGUCCUGUCCCUUUAGAACCUGGAUCUGUGUCCUGACCCUUUAGAACCUGGAUCUGUGUCCUGACCCUUUAGAACCUGGAUCUGUGUCCUGACCCUUUAGAACCUGGAUCUGUGUCCUGACCCUGUAGAACCUGGAUCUGUGUCCUGACCCUUUAGAACCUGGAUCUGUGUCCUGACCCUUUAGAACCUGGAUCUGUUUGCUUGUAAAACCUAAUGAAGUGAACGUGUGGCUUGUUGAUAAUAAAGUUGAGAUGUUGAUUCAUAAUA